ACUAUAAAGAGACGAGGCCGGACAAAAUAGCAAAACGAGGCCGGACGAAAUGGGUCAUCGCUUUGGAGAUAGAUAUAGGUCCCGCGGUUCGAUGGGAUGGCCGGCCGGACAUCUUCACACCUAGAGUCGCUACGGAAAACUAAAGCGCAUCGUGGAUCACUCCUUGCGGGAAGGCAGCUGCUAAUCUGCCAAGCCCGGCCGCCGGCCUGAAACUCGACCCUCUUCUGCUAAAAUUCAGCGGCACUUCCUCCGCCGAGUGAAUAAACAACGACGAGGGCGCCCGACGAGGCGCCGAGUGUUAAAUCCGCACGCAAGCACCGCGUCCCGGUCAGACACCAACCAACCAACCAGCUCCGAGGUCCCACAAUCCACGCCCCGCAGCCGGCCACGAUGUGCACCCUGGAGCAGCGCGGCCGCGUGUUCGUCCUCACCCUCACGGGCGACGGCGAGCACCGCCUGGGCCACCCGCUCAUCGCCUCCAUCCGCUCCGCGCUCGCCUCCGUGCUCGCGGCGGCCCAGGCCCAGCCCCAGGGCCCGGGGGCGGCCCUGGUGACCGUCGCCGAGGGCCGCUUCUUCUCCAACGGGCUCGACGUCGGGCGGGCGGGCGGCUCCCGCGCGCGGCUCCGGGAGCUCGUCGACGCGUUCCGCCCCAUCGCCGCCGACCUGCUGGCGCUCCCCAUGCCCACCGUGGCCGCCGUCACGGGCCACGCCUCCGCCGCCGGGCUCCUCCUCGCGCUCUGCCACGACUACCGCCUCAUGCGCGCCGACCGCGGCGUGCUCUACAUGGGCCUCCCGCUCCCGCCCUACGUCGCGCGCCUGCUCCGCGCCAAGAUUACCCAGGCGCACGCGCUCCGGGACGUCGCGCUGCGCGGGAGGAAGCUCAGGGCGCCCGAGGCCAGGGAGAUGGGGAUCGUCGACGCCGUCUGCGCCGGCGCGCCCGAGACCGCCGCCGAGGCCGUCAAGCUCGCCGAGCAGCUCGCGGCCAGGGAGUGGGACGGCGCCGUGUACGCGUCCAUCAGGGUCUCCACGUUCCCCGAUGCGUGCAGGGCCGUCGGGAUUGCCGUGGAGAGCGACGAGGAGAAGAGCAGGCACUUCGCUUCCAGACUCUGAUCAGGGGAGAUGGGGAGAGUGUCUCUCUUGUAUUCUGCAACUGUACAUUGAUCAACCGUCGAUGAUCUGAAUGAAGCAGGCACUACAUACUACUUCUGCAGACGUUGUAUUUCUCUUGCUUUGGAAGUGUGAAAUAAACAGAAUGCCUGUGUGUGUGACUGUUGGACUGAUUAUUUUGCUGCUGCUGCAGUGAGAUUCUCAUCUACAAAAUCGACAUAUGACGUGCCAGGAUGCAUUUUGUUCUUUCGAUAUUUUUUCUUUAUUGGAACCAUGUGAAAGACGAGAUUGAUUGACCACACAAUC